GCUGUGUUAGGACAUACUGUUACUGUAACAGGGUGUAUUGAUGCAGUGACCUGUCUGCAGUCAGCCUUCAGUCUAUACCACCUAAGGGUCAGACUGUACGGUACAUGUGACUCACAAUGGCUGGAUUAAGGGACUAUUACAUAAUCCCAAAUGUGUAUUGAACCUAUAUUCAGUAUUGUCUUGCAGAUUAUAGCCAGUACCAUCAAGGAAAUACAUUAAAUAUUUAUUUAUUUUUUAAUGCUUGUCAACUGCUUGGUUUUCAUGAGGACACUGUCUUUUAAUAUUCUAGAAGGAUUUGUUUCUCCUCUUCAUCUACCUCUCAUGUAAACGUGAUAUGCUGUAGAUUACCCGGCCGUUAAUCUGUGUCAUGUCUGGUGUGAGGUGAUGGUCCGCGCUCCUCCUGGUGGCACAGAGGGGGAAAACGUGCCAGACUUGAGUGCGCGCACCAAUCCAAAUCCAUACAGUAAAAACGCGGGAGGAUUUCCACUAUUUCCACACAUCAGCAGCGAGCAUCGAGGAGAGGGUUGCGUUGUUGAUAAAGGGAAACAUGUUUUUUUUGUUUGUUUGUUUUUUGGAGAUUUAACAUAUGAGGACACCAUGCGGACUGAUGUGUUGUUGAUGAUGCUGGUCCUCCACCUGCUGCUGCUGCUGCUUUGGACGGCGAGUGCGUGCGCCGUAAACCGGGGGCAGAAACUGGAGCCACACAGACACUUCAGACCAAAAAGAGAGUUAUUUUUAAUGAGAAAAACUGCUCACAAGAUCGGCAGCAGCGCCAUCUCUAGGAAAAAUCCAGAUCUAACCAAAGUCCGGGGUAAAAAGUCAGAGCAAGUGUUCAAGAUCGAUGACCACGACUUUACCAUGCGACCUGGAUUUGGAGGACCUGCAGUUCCAGUCGGCGUAGACGUGCAGGUUGAAAGUCUGGAUGCGAUUUCAGAGGUGGAUAUGGACUUUACAAUGACCCUGUACCUGAGACACUACUGGAAAGACGAACGCUUGUCCUUCAGAAGCAACACCAAUCACAGCAUGACUUUCGAUGGCCGCCUGGUGAAAAAGAUCUGGGUGCCGGACAUGUUCUUUGUCCACUCCAAGAAGUCCUUCAUGCAUGACACCACCACUGACAACGUCAUGCUGCGGGUGUACCCCGAUGGCAAAGUGCUUUACAGUCUCAGGGUGACGGUCACAGCUAUGUGCAGCAUGGACCUGAGCCACUUUCCUCUUGACACGCAAACGUGUUCUUUGGAGAUAGAGAGCUAUGCUUACACAGAUGAUGAUCUGAUGCUGUACUGGAAGGAAGGAAACCGCUCCUUAAACACUGAUGAGAGAAUAUCUGUCUCCCAGUUCUUCAUCCAGGAGUUCCACACUACCACCAAGUUGGCUUUUUACAGCAGCACAGGCUGGUACAACCGUCUCUACAUCAACUUCACGCUACGGCGUCACGUCUUCUUCUUCCUGCUCCAGACCUAUUUCCCCGCCACUCUCAUGGUCAUGCUGUCUUGGGUGUCUUUUUGGAUCGACCGCAGGGCUGUCCCCGCCAGAGUGCCAUUAGGAAUUACCACAGUGCUCACAAUGUCCACUAUCAUCACGGGAGUCAACGCGUCCAUGCCGCGGGUUUCCUACAUUAAAGCUGUGGACAUUUACCUCUGGGUCAGCUUCGUCUUUGUCUUCCUGUCCGUGAUAGAGUACGCUGCAGUCAACUACCUGUCCACACUACAGGAGCGGAAGGAGAGGAAACUCAGAGAGACGCUGCCGUGCACCUGUGACAUGGCCCGUCCCGGCACGUUGUCCUGGACCUUCAGCGAAACGGACAUCAACACCACGGGGAAAUACGACAUACCCGAGAAGAACGGGAUAAAACAGGACGUGAUGCUGAUGCAGAUGGCCAUAGAAAGCGAUCCCAUCACUGGUCAUGUAGGUUCGGGCCCUUACGGCAACGUGUGGAUCGACACUCAUGCAAUAGACAAGUACUCCCGAGUCAUUUUCCCUGGAUCUUACAUACUCUUCAACUUCAUCUACUGGUCUUUCUACUCUUAACCAAAAUGACUCAAUCACCCUGAUGGUGGACAUGUAUACACUAUACAGACUCAGUCUCAUUGGAGCUCCGAAUGGAAAGGGAAACGAAGCUAAAUCUUUUGGCAGGCAGUUGUUAAGUUGGAAACAUAAAGGUGGUACAACAAUCAGGGGUCUCACUCUAAUGAACUGAGGGACACAGCUGCCAAUGAAAGUAUUUUAAUGAAGAAAAAAUUGAUCAAAGAUUUUUUUCUACCUUAAUGGCUAAGUUAAUGGCUAAGUUAAAGAAUGAAUUAUGUUCUAGUCGCCGGUCAGAUUUUGGGAGAUUGCAGGUCCGCGAGCCAGGAGUUUGUAAUCAAGGAACAGGUUGUUUGUAUGAAAUAUCACUUUUUAAUACAAAUAACUUUUUUUUAAUUUUAUUUAUUUUUCACUUGGCUCAGGUCCAUGUGGUGGAAUUUGAAGACCUUUUUUUUUUUUUACCUUUUCAUGUGUCUUGAUAACUAUAUACUGAAAAUUAUGUUUUUGUUUUUCAUAUACUCCACUAUGCUUAGCUGAACAGGGUAGGACAGGCCUCCUAUAUUUUAUACAAAAACCAAAUAUUCAGAGAAGGUACACAAUGGGGAAAAAAUUGAUAGUUACUGUUGAAGUAAUUCUUUGGUGGAACCAGAAAUGUAAAUCUGAGAGCAGAAGGAGCUAGCAUGAAAAAAUACUGAAGAUUUCACACUUGUUACUGUUUUUAUUAUUAUUGUUUUCAUGUUUUUUCAUUAUAAUAAAUAAAUGUUAUUAAUCGAGGUAAAAUACGAUAAUAUAUCAACGGGUAAAUGUUUAAUGUAAUGUUAGUAGGAUACACAGGAAUAUUGUACACAGAGAGUAUGU